AGGGUUCUAGAAUCUACAUUGACAUCUCAAAAGCCAGCUGUGAUGGCAUGUUUGCUAAGUGGCUGCUAUCAUGGCCCUCUGCCCAGGUUAAACUGAGACGUGGGCAUUAUUUCUCUACUUCAAAGUCAAGAUCUCCCAGCCAUCCAGCCCCGGCUAGUUGCAGUCAGUAAAACCAAGCCUGCAGACAUGGUGAUCGAGGCAUAUGGUCAUGGCCAGCGUACUUUCGGGGAGAACUAUGUUCAGGAACUGCUGGAAAAAGCAUCAAAUCCUAAAAUUCUGUCUUCAUGUCCUGAGAUCAAGUGGCACUUCAUUGGCCACCUACAGAAACAGAAUGUCAGCAAAUUGAUGGCUGUCCCCAAUCUUGCCAUGCUGGAAACAGUGGAUUCCAUGAAGUUGGCAGACAAAGUGAACAGUUCGUGGCAGAAAAAAGGUUCUCCUGAAAGGUUAAAGGUUAUGGUCCAGGUUAACACCAGUGGUGAGGAAAGUAAACACGGCCUUCUGCCUUCAGAGACAGUAGCAACGGUGGAACACAUAAAUGCCAAGUGCCCCAGCCUGGAAUUUGUGGGGCUGAUGACCAUAGGAAGCUUUGGCCAUGACCUUAGUAAAGGACCAAAUCCAGACUUCCAGUUGUUACUGUCUCUCCGGGACGAGCUGUGUAAAAAGCUGAACAUCCCUGUGGACCAAGUUGAACUGAGCAUGGGCAUGUCCAUGGACUUCCAGCAUGCAAUUGAAGUAGGAUCUACUAAUGUUCGAAUAGGAAGCACCAUUUUUGGAGAGCGAGAUUACUCAAAGAAACCUGCCCUGGACAAGUCCACAGCAGACAUAAAGGCCUCAACGGAGGUGGCAUAGGCACACUGAGCUGAGGAACAAGCAGUAGCGGCUCCCAGCUGUGGGCCCCGUCUGGGACAUCUAACUAUGCACUUACCUGGAUUUUCAUUUUGAUGUUCCCUAUGUUGCAGCACAACCAUGCUCCCCUGUGACCAGGAGAGAGAGCAGUAAUGAUUGUGUGUGUUGGUGAAAAACAUCUGUACUUAGUGUCUGACAUAGGAAGCUCACAUCAGGUAGUAACUUUGGAUUAGAUUCAAGAAAUCCAGACAUUUCUGCAGAACAGAUACCAAAAGAGAAGCCAGGAAUUGGCUUCAGUAUUGAGCACCAAGCAAGCACCCCGUGAAUGCCUUUCCCAGGUUAAAAUUUGGUCACUGAUGCCUCUAUUUACCAAAGUCAGAGGAAUUCCCGUUUGUCAUCCACCUUAUUAGAAUAUGCCCUGUGGUUACCAGCUUCAUACAGGCCCCUACAAAGUAGUCAUCUUUGCUGCUUUGCGAGGUGUUUCUAUUCCCAGUUUCUAUCCUACUGUCUAAAUAUUUGUCUUUACUCUGGAACAGCAGUACAGGUCACUUCAGAAACUGGCUCCAGUUAAUGCUCCAAAUCAAAAUUGUUAAUGAGAUGUUGUGUCAUUGGUCACCCUGUGGCAUUGACCCUGAAAAUUACAGGGGGGAAAAUAAACAGGAUUUGUACCUGUGUAAUAUCCUCCUUUGACAGGACUUUGAGCUUUUUCCUUUGGACCCUACAGUGAUAAGUGAAAAGUCAAGGAGGACUUUUCUCCUCCACAGUAAUCCUCUUUGUGGUGACUUCUUAUCAAGGAACUCCUCAGAAAUUUAAGAAUUAUUCAGAACCAGUUCAGGCUUACAGUUUUAACAAGGUCUGGCUUUGAGGUUUGUGUUCCCAAGGAGCACUCUCGGGGCAUAUUAUUAGCCUUCCCCAACCCCUCCAUAAGCCAGAAUUUUGUAGCUCUUCUUGAUUGUUGAUAAAGUAGCAAGAUCUUCAAAGUCCAGAAAGCACAAAUAGUCAUGACAGAUUACUUCAGUCUGGUGGUUUCUUUUCUGGAUGGUUUUUCCUAUUUAUUCAAGCCCCAGUCUUUAAUUAUAUGAAAUAACUUUGAGAACACUAUGCUGCUGCCGAAUGUAAUUUUGUAAAACUUAAACCAUUAUGAUUCCUGUACUGUUUGAAUCAAAGCUAUAGUUGUGAUAUUUCAGCGUCUAUUAAAUAAAAAUGUGAGUUUGAAUUAUACCAUCUGUGCCAAUUACAAAGCAAUUAAAAGAUUUCUUUUUUAUGAUCUGGUGUAGUGAGUGAGUAUAACAGGAGGGGGCAUUGGAACCAACAGGAAGCAGCUGUGCCUGUCACUUGGCAUUGUGCCAUCCAGCCUUAGAGAUAGAAUUCCCUAGGGUCACAGAUGCAGCCAACACCACAUCAUGGAUGAGUAAGGGAUUCUGUAUCUCUAAGGGCUAGAAAAUGAAAUUUGACAUU